GAAGUGUUUUGUGAUAUUCAAUGACAGCAAAGCAGUAAAGUUACUGUGUUCAACCCUUAACUGUACAAAAGAGAUCGAUAUAUCUACGUACCAACCCAAUUUUAUAAGAAAAAUAAUUCGGCCAAAGCAGUUCGUUUUCAACUAUUUCGGAAAAAAUAAUCCAGUUUAAUUAAUAUGGUACACAAAAAUUAUUUGGUUAUAACCUAUAUGGGAUCAUUCAAGGAAAAUAUUUUUGUGACAGUGUAAAAAAUAGCGAUAUGCUAUAUUCAAUCUACAUGAAAAAAAACCCACUUUUUCCCAAAUUACAACGAAAAUCAUCUGGUACUAACUCGGGUCAGAUGAUGCCUAGCGAAGGUCCACCGAGUACUCCUUCAUCUAAAUCAAAAGAAAAAAAUAUACCUAGGACAAAGGUCGUCGUGGCCUUAUAUAAUUAUAAAGCAAUAGAAAGUGGUGAUUUAUCAUUAGAAAAGAAUCAAUCCUAUGAUGUAAUCGAUGAUUCGCAAGAGCAUUGGUGGAAAGUUAAAGAUUCAAAAGGAAACAUUGGAUACAUUCCUAGUAACUAUGUUAAAGAAAAAGAAUCUCUUGGACUUCAACAGUAUGAUUGGUAUGUUAAUGAUAUGUCUAGACAGAGAGCAGAAUCGCUGCUAAAACAUGAAGAUAAAGAAGGAUGUUUUGUGGUUAGAAACUCUUCAACAAAAGGACUCUAUACUCUAUCUUUAUAUACCAAAAUACCUCAUCCGCACGUAAAACACUACCACAUCAAAGUGAAUGCUAGAGGUGAAUACUUCCUCUCUGAAAAACAUUGUUGUAGUUCUAUACCGGAUUUGAUCAACUAUCAUAAGCAUAACAGUGGUGGGCUAGCGUCGAGAUUGAAGACGAGCCCUUGUGAUAGACCUGCCCCAGCCACAGCAGGACUUAGUCAUGACAAAUGGGAAAUUGACCCCAAUGAACUAAUGCUAUUAGAGGAACUUGGAUCUGGACAAUUUGGAGUUGUAAGGAGAGGGAAAUGGAGGGGCUCCAUUGAUGUAGCUGUGAAAAUGAUGAAAGAAGGUACUAUGUCUGAAGAUGAUUUUAUAGAAGAAGCUAAAGUUAUGACAAAAUUACAACACACCAAUUUAGUACAACUAUACGGCGUUUGCAGUAAGGAUAGACCUAUUUUUAUUGUGACAGAAUACAUGAGGUACGGCUCCCUUUUAAAUCACCUAAGAAGGCAUGAACAAUCACUUAGUAACAAUCAGGGUUUGCUUCUUGAUAUGUGUAUUCAGGUGUGUAAAGGUAUGGCUUACUUGGAAAGGCAUAACUACAUUCACCGAGAUUUGGCAGCUAGAAACUGCUUAGUGGGCAUUGAGAAUACAGUAAAGGUAGCAGAUUUCGGAUUGGCUAGAUACGUUUUAGAUGAUCAGUAUACUUCUUCAGGUGGAUCGAAAUUUCCUAUUAAAUGGGCCCCUCCGGAGGUACUCAAUUAUACGAGAUUUUCUUCUAAAUCAGAUGUUUGGGCUUACGGCGUUUUAAUGUGGGAGGUAUUUACUUGUGGUAAAAUGCCUUAUGGUAGAUUAAAAAACACAGAAGUGGUCGAAAGAGUGCAAAAAUGCAUAAUUUUAGAAAAACCAAAAGCUUGUUACAAAGAUGUGUAUGAUGUAAUGAGAAAAUGUUGGGCGCCACUUCCCGAAAACCGACCAUCUUUCAAAGUGUUAAAAGAAACAUUAAUCAACGUCUCCCAAGGUCUUUUAGUCGAUUGACUGGCCAAGUUAGUUUGCGAAUGUGUCUCGCAUAGUCCUUCCUCAUCUUCCGGUGUAUCUACGAGCGAUUACGAACAGACGUGGAUCAACGUUUGCCAGACACUAUGCCGCGAGGCAAAAAAGAGCAAAGUUAAAAAAUUAUGAAUAUGUUCUUUUAUAUAUACAUUUAACUGUAUUUCUGUAUGUGGGAAGCAAAAAUGGGGAGUUUAAGUGAUGUAGUUAGCUUCUAAUGUAUAGUCUUUAGGCGGAAACUGUUGAUGAUAGUAUUGAUUGACAAGUUUUCGCCAAAUGGAUGUUUAGAGUUGGAAUUUAGUAAUCUGUUCUAAUUAAUAAGUCAACUAAAAUAUUCGUUAUUAGCUUUUUGGUAUUAAUUUAAUGGGAUCUCGUUAUUUUGUUUUAUUAUGUAAGAUCCUGUCGAUUGAAAGAUACAAGAAUUGCGCUAAUGUAAUAGUGAUAAUGUUCAUGUGUUAAAGAGUUUUACUGUCAGAUGUUCCUUAUCUACUUUUUUCUUAGACAAGGAAUUUAUCUCAUAAUUUCUCAGUUACUGACACCCUCAAAUUAUAUUUUUGUUCCGGAAAAACUGUUUUUAAAAAAAUUUUAUUCACAAAAACACAUUACAAUUUUACAAAUAUUGAAUGAAUUUAAUUAAUAUAAAGAAUUGAAUUAACAAAACUCAUUAAAUUGUAUUUCGCAACUUAUAUACAAUUUAUUUUCUUUUUGCGUUUUAAUUUUUAAAAUCGUCUGAAUUUUUCUAGAUCUCACACCUCCUUUCCUAAGAAUGAAAAAUAAUGGAGUUAUUUUUCUAUUUCUGAUUUAUUUCUUCAAUUUCUGAUUCUUCUUAUCUUCAAUUUUCUUCUUGAAAUCUUCUUUUAAAUUUUCGAGUUAACAAAAAUUUUGAAACAGAAUACACAUUAUUAUUAUUAUUAUUAUUGACAAUAAUCCAAUUGUAUGACGUAGGAUUUUUUAUGACUUCUUUUUUCUUAUCUUCAAUUUUCUUCUUUCUUGAAAAUAUUCUUUUGAGUUCUGAGUUAACCAAAAUCUAAAACAACUAUACAAAUUAUUAUUAUUAUUGAAAAUAAUCCAAUUUACGUUGUGGAUUUUUUAUCUCUUCUUUUUUUACAUCUUCCAUUUUCUUCUUGAAAAUAUUCUUUUAAAUUUUCGAGUGAACCAAAAUACUAAAGAACUGUAAAAAUUGUUAUUAAUCAAUAUUAUUCAGUUGUUGUAUGGCUUAGUGAAUUUUGUAUAUCUUGAAUUGGUGGCAAUUUAUCAAUUUCAUAAAGUUUUUCAAAAUGUAUUCAACUUAAAUUUGGUGACUUAUAUGUUUGACAGCUUAAAAAUCGAAAAUCUAAUUGUGGCAAAAUUAUUGACUUCCCUUUUUUAAUUUGUAUAUUAGUUGAAAAGAUUUCAUUUUCUGUUUGAAUUCUACAAUUUUUCUGAAUCCUGAUGAUUGAUGGGUUUUUCCAAAUAAUGACCUGAGGCACAUUUAGAUAACACUUUAGUUAAUGAGUUUGGAAACACUAAAAUUUCAAUAUAAGUUACUUAUUUGAUAGUUUCUGAGAGGUUCACAUCACUUGCAUAACAAUUUUCUGGAGAACGGCCGUUUAGAAUUUCUAUAGUACAAUUGUCUUUUGAUUCAACUACUUUAAUAUAAUAUUUUUCUUCUAAAAUUGGGCAAUAUUCUUUUAUUAUAAUAACUUCUUCUGGAGUCUUGGCCAACUAGGGUUGUAGGUUUUCGCACUAUGUAUUAAGAUACGGAGUCGAGUUUUUUAUCGCGACUUAAAAUUACACAACCGCACGAAUCCUACUAUGACUGCGACAAUUAUAUUUUUUGUUCCGGAAAAAAGCGCAUUCUCAACAAAUUUUCAUGUCUCACAUGACAUUAUGUAUUUUUUCACAAUAAAUAAGUUUCACAAAUUUUUUUCCACAUCUUAAAAUUAAGAAUAGACCUGUUUAUAUAGACUUUCAUCUUAGCAUAUAUUUUCUGCAAAAGUAUCUUUAAACCUCAAGUCCACAUCUAGAAUUAGUUCUUAACAAAUACCAACGUCUCACUGCUCAAAUUCAACUUUAAAUUUUAUCGCAAAUGCUCUCUACGUCUCUGAGAACGAAACAGCAAAACUUCAGUCUUAUUUGCAUUCAGCUUUAGAUUAUGCCCAAUGGAAUAAUUAGGUGUGAAGCUGUUGCUUCUGGAUCUGCAGGAUCAAAGUAAUGUAGAACCUGAAUGUCAUCAGCAUAUGAUUGAAUGUGACUAUUUUUGAUUCAGUAGGCUCCAUAACAUAGCUAAACUUUUCAUGAGGGUCCAUUUUAUAGACCCUUACAUUAUUAAUAUACCUUAUUCCCACUGCCAAUUUGCUAGGUUAUUUAUAUAAAGAGAUAAAUUUUUUGUCUAUGUCAAGGGUAUUUUGAAUUUCAGUUGAUUUUCUAGAAAAAAGUAUGUGUUGGAUAUAAAAAAAUUAGAAAGUAAUAUUGGGAUAAGAUUACAAAAAAAAUAUAUAUAACUAAUGAAAUUAUUUGACAUUACGGUAAUGGCUACAAUUUUUCAUUAUUAUUUAUCGCAUUUCAAAAA